CAUUUAUACACUCAUUACAUGAUUUUCUAGAUGGAUGAAGAAACAUUAGCAAGUUCACGUUUUUCCAAAGGUAAAAUCUAUGGUGUACUACGUGCACAAGUAACUUCUGACAAUGGUGAAUAUCAUUCGGACAAAUCAAAAAUGACUCAUUAUAAUUUAAUUACGACUGAUGAUGGACCAAAUCAAAUGCCAGAACAAUAUCAAAUCAAUAUCGAUAUUCAAUCACGUGAUGCUCCUAAUGUUAAAUGUGUUUCAUUCGAUUCAUUUUCAAUUGACAAUUUUCAAGUUUCUGAUUUACCAUAUGGAUUCACUCCAUUGAGAUCGGACAGCGAUGAGCCAAUGGCAAUAGAUCUCGUUCGAAAACCUUUGUUUGAUGUUAAUCUUCUUACCCAAUCUACUGCAUUAUCUGCCGAUGAGAUUGCCACGAAGCUCGAUAAUUAUUUAAAAGAAGGAAAUCCGAAUGUAAUUGUCUUCGGAACAAAGUAUGAUGAUGGAUAUCAUCAACCUGAGAAACAUUAUGGAUUACAACGAGCAGCUAAACAACAAAAACCAUCUCGUGGUAUUGAUGAUGUGCAUUUAAAUCAGAAUAUAGGUAAUGAUGGUAGUGCCUAUCAAGAUGGAGCAUUAUUUAUUGAAACAGGCGACAGUGAUCAGAAAAAUUAUGUGGCUUUUUUCUUCUGCUUCGCAAAUCAAUGUGGAUCUGAGUCAAAUUAUGAUUGA